AUGAGCGGCAACAAGACCCCCCACACGCAGUUCCCGACCCAUGGGCUGCUGCCGCGUGCUGAUACGCAGGCAGGCGACUUUGUGCGUAAGCACCCCCACUACGAUGGCCGUGGAACCAUUGUGGCCGUGCUCGAUACCGGCAUUGCUCCCAUGGCUAUGGGUCUGCACACGACAACCGACGGCAAGCGCAAGGUGCUGGAUUACGUCGACUGCACUGGCUCUGGCGACGUACGCCUGCAAGCACCAAGGACCAACGCUGACGAAUUGGUCGGAGCCACUGGCCGCAAGCUCAAGGUCAACAGCAAAUGGAAGAACCCGACUGGCGAGUGGCGCGUCGGCGCGAAGCGGCUGUACGAGAUCACGCCGGAUAUUCUGAAGGAGGAUAUCAAGAAGGAGCGGCAGGCAGUAUUCUGGCUGACAGCAUUGCCACGCGGAUUAGCGACAUCAAGACCACCCAAGGACGAGGAUGCAGAGCUGAAGCACGAGCUAGAGGCGCAGCGUGAAGUCCUCAAGGACUUUGGUGCCAAGUAUGAGGACCCCGGACCGGUUCUGGAUAUCCUCGUGUUCCAUGAUGGCAAGCAGUGGCGCGCAGCGAUCGACACGCAGGAGACGGGCGACUUCACUGGCGUGGAGGCCCUGGGGGCAUACAAGCUGACAGGCGAUAUCGGCAAGCUGGCCAAGCGCAACCUGUUCUAUUACACGCUCAACUUUUACGAGGAAGGCAAGGUGCUGAGCAUUGUCGCUAAUGUCGGCUCACACUCGACGCAUGUCGCAGGUAUUAUCGGGGCGCACCACCCAGACGAGCCACAGAACGACGGCGUCGCACCCGGUGCCCAGCUGCUCUCGCUGAUGAUCGGCGACCACCGCGUGUCAUCGCUGGAGACCGGGACGGGCCUGACGCGUGCUGCCAAUGCUAUCAUCGAGCACGGCGCUGAUCUGGCCAACAUGAGCUACGGCGAGCCCAGCGCCACAGCCAACAGCGGCCAGUGGGUGCAGCUGCUGCGCAAGGAGGUCAUCAAGAAGCAUCGCUGCAUCUUUGUGUCGUCUGCUGGCAAUGAGGGCCCAGCACUGUCGACUGCCGGUGCACCUGGCGGAGCCAGCGACGACAUUAUCGGCGUCGGCGCCUACGUCGGCUACGAGCAGAUCAAGGCUGAGUACACCAUGUAUGACACUGUUAAGGACACAGUGUUCACAUGGAGCUCGCGUGGGCCGACGGCUGACGGAUCGCGCGGCGUCGACAUCUACGCGCCUGGCUCGGCCAUCACAAGCUACCCGACGUACACUCUCCAGCGGCUGCACCUGGCCAACGGCACCAGCAUGAGCUCGCCCAACCUGUGUGGGUGCCUGGCGCUGCUGGUGUCUGCGUGGAAGCACGAGUUUGGCAAAGAGGGCGAGCCAAAGGUCAGCCCGUACCGCAUCAAGAAUGCCAUGAUGGCCACCGCCAAGCAGUUUGGGGAUGAGCUUGCAGGCUGGGCUGGUGCAGUGGGCAGUGGGGUCGAGCUUGAGAGCCAGCUCAAGUUUGAGUACGAGCAGCGCGUGAUUCUGUCCACGUCCGAGUCGUGGAUCAAGGUGCCUGAGGCUGUCUAUGUUAGCAGCGAGGGCCGAUCGUUUGACGCGCGCGUGGACCCAACCAGCCUCGAGCGCGGUAGACUCCAUGUAGCCGAGAUUCUGGGCUUCGACUCGCGCAACGUCGACCGGGGAGCCAUCUUCCGCAUCCCCGUGACCAUCACCAAGCCCAGCGAAGUCGGCGCCUCCGGGUGCGUGCGGUUCCCGGCGCUGCGGUUCCAGCCCACUGAGGUUGUGCGGCGGUUCAUUGAUGUGCCCCGCGUGCAGCUGGCGCCGCAGACCCGGUUCACACAGUAUGAGCUCAACACCCACGUCACCAUCGGCCACUCGACCUACGCCGAGAACGGCGGCCUGGCCGAGCAGAGCUACACCAAGACCAUGAAGGUUCUGGGCGGAUGCACCCUGGAGCCCGUGUCCCGCGUCGACCUGGUCGCGGCUGUGCGGCCAGAGUACGGCAUCAAGGUGACUGCGACCCUGGACACUUUGCGGCGUGCCUUGCGCCCAGCCGUCUCCUCAAUCACGCCCCUGACGCUUGAGCGCGACACGCAUCCCGAGGCAGGCACGGCCAUCCAGCAGCUGAUACUGGACUACAAGUACUCGACCUCCGCCAACGGCGUCUCGAUCACGCCGCGCCUGACCGGAAUCGACUCGCUGAUCUACGAGGCAUGGACGGACAACGUGGCCCUGCUUGUGUUUGACGCCAAAAAGCAGCGCGUGGGCGCACAUUUCGGAUACCCAAGGCCGAUCACGCUGCGACGCAAGGGCGACUAUCUGAUUCGGGUCCAGAUCCGCCACCGCAGUGCCAAGGACCUAGGAGGCGCUGAAGCAGUGUCGAUUCCGGUCGAGUUUGCUCUGGCGUCGGUAUUCACAAAGACCGUGAGCAAUGUGCGCAACUCGAGCAAGUCGAUUCAGCUCAACAACAUCAUGCCCGUGUUUCUCAAGACCUUUGCCGUGAACCCGCCCAAGGAUACUGUGCCUGGUGAUAUCCUGCGCGGAUCUCUGUCGGCCAGCCCAAACACAGCUGACCUGCUGCUCGAGUACGUCGUGCCCAGCAAAGCCAACGAGGAGAAGCAGCCAGACGAGUCUUCCACCAAGAGCAGCAGCAAGAAGCAAGGCGAUUCCAAGAAAAAGGAAGCCGAGGAAUCGCAGGCUGACAAGGACCGCAAGGCGAUGCAGGAGGCGAUGCGCAAUCUGAAGAUCGAGUGGGUCAAGAAGGCCCAGGACCCCGACGUACGCACCGAGCUGAUCAGGCAGCUCGAGGCUGAGCAAGCCAACGACACGCAGGUGCUUGCCUGCGCAGCUGGAGUCGCUGGACUGCGCGCGCAGGACACUGCCGACUAA